GGAGCGGGGGCGGCGGCGGGGCGCGGCGCGGCGCUUCCUGGCGGCGGAAGCGGCCGGGCCGGGCUCCGCGCGCGCCAGGCGUCCGCCGCCCGCUGUGUCCGUGCGCGGCCGGCAGAGGCGGCAGCAUGUCGGUGGCGGGGCUGAAGAAGCAGUUCUACAAGGCGAGCCAGCUGGUCAGCGAGAAGGUUGGAGGGGCUGAAGGGACCAAGCUUGACGAUGACUUCAAGGAAAUGGAAAAGAAAGUGGAUCUGACCAGCAAGGCAGUUACAGAAGUAUUGACUAGAACAAUAGAGUACCUCCAGCCUAACCCAGCUUCCAGAGCCAAGCUAACCAUGCUCAACACGAUGUCGAAGAUCCGCGGGCAGGUGAAGAACCCCGGCUACCCGCAGUCCGAAGGGCUGCUGGGGGAGAGCAUGAUCCGCUACGGCAAGGAGCUGGGCGAGGACUCCAACUUCGGCGAUGCGCUUCUUGAUGCUGGUGAAUCUAUGAAACGAUUGGCUGAAGUGAAGGACUCGCUGGAUAUUGAAGUCAAACAAAAUUUUAUUGAUCCCCUCCAGAACCUGUGUGACAAAGACCUGAAAGAAAUCCAGCACCAUCUCAAGAAGUUGGAAGGCAGACGCUUGGACUUUGACUACAAGAAGAAACGACAGGGGAAGAUCCCCGAUGAGGAACUUCGACAGGCCAUGGAGAAAUUUGAAGAGUCCAAGGAAGUAGCUGAGACCAGUAUGCACAACCUCCUAGAAACUGAUAUCGAGCAGGUGAGCCAGCUCUCGGCCCUGGUGGAUGCCCAGCUGGACUACCACAGGCAGGCAGUGCAGAUCCUGGAUGAGCUCGCGGACAAACUCAAACGCAGAAUGAGGGAGGCCUCCUCACGUCCCAAGCGGGAGUAUAAGCCCAAACCCAGGGAGACGUAUGACUUUGCAGACACCGACCAAUCUAACGGGGGCUUCUCUUGCACUCCUACCCCCAAAGUCUCAGCUUCCUCCUCUUUCCGAUCCGACAAGCCGUCCCGGUCCUCCGUCAGGAGUAUCCCUCACCUGGACCAGCCCUGCUGCAAGGCGCUGUACGACUUCGAGCCCGAGAACGACGGCGAGCUGGGCUUCAAGGAGGGCGACAUCAUCACCCUGACCAACCAGAUCGACGAAAACUGGUACGAGGGCAUGAUCAACGGCCAGUCGGGCUUCUUCCCGCUCAACUACGUGGAAGUGCUGGUUCCGCUACCUCAGUGAAACAGCGUCACUCCCCGUCCCCCCACCCCCCCCGGCCCGCGGCUGCCCCACGGCGCGCGGGCCCGGCCUCCAUUCCACGAUUAUCCUGACACUAGGCCUCUCCGGCGGGGCGGGCGGGAAGACGCGGCCGCGUUGACUCUGUGCGUCGGCUCGGGGCGGGACUGCCAGCAGGGAACAAGCCAGAAGGGUCGACCGCCCUCCCCACCCAGUGAAUUUGGUUUUUAUUUUAUUUUCUCGGUCCUUCUGGUGCUUGAACUUAGGUACUUCACAGGCCCCGCCAGGUUCCUCCCGUUUCGUACGAUUUAAGCCGCGCCGCAGGCCUCUCCUUGUCGCGUUUUUGUCUUUCCUUUGGGUCGAGUGUCCGUGUGAGCCGGGGGGGCCGUGCCGGAGAGCCGCGCGCGUCCUUCGCGCUGAGCGUCGGCGUGGGGAGACGUGCGGCCCGGCGAGCUCGGGAUCCCUCGCGGUGGCGGCGGGCGGCUCUGCGCCAGGCCGGGAGCUUCGCUGCCCCGGCGCGGGGGGCCAGCAGCCGCUGAACGCUACCCGCCUCCCCGGGGCCGCGCAGCCCCGAGUCCCCGCUCGCGCUGCCGCGGCAGGGGAUGGCGGCUGCCUCCGGGGCUCGGCGCAGGCGGCGGAGCAACACUACGAUGCAGGUCAAACACUAACCAGCCCGGCCCUGCCGCCCCUCCCCGCGGGGGCCGAGCCCUGCGGCGGCUCUGCGCCGUGCCACCCCUCCCGGGAGGACGGAGCAGAGGUGUCCGGUGUCCACGUCAGCCCUCGGCCCCUUCCCGGCAGAGCUCGGCUGCCACGGGACCAGCGCCAGCCCCGCGGAGCCGCUUGGCUUGAGCUAGUCCGCUCCCUUGGCGUGCCCGUCCCGGUGCCCCAGCUCCGCGGGGCUGCGGCAGGAGCUGCGUCGAGCUCGGGCGCUGCUGCGUUUGCUACCCGCAGCCCUGCGCGCGCUGCCUCGUUGCUCCAGCGUUGCUGGCAGAGGGUCAUCGCCCUCCUCCCUGCCCGUCACCCCGCUCCUUCCUCCGCCCGCUCCCCUCCCGGCCGGCGGCUCCAGACCAGCCCCGCGCUGCAGCACCUCCCUGUCCCCGCUGCUCCCCUCUCCUGUUACAUUUACACACAGCCUUUUUAACGUUUUUAACCUGCAUGUUCAUGUAUGUCUGACCCCUGGCACUGACGCGCUGCCCAGCCGGGGCCGAGCCCGGGGCUCCGCGUGGGCCCCUCUCCCCGCGCGAGCUGCCCCUCGUCCGGCACCGGCGCCCGACCCCGGUGCGGGGCGCGGGGGCAGAGGCGGCUCCCCCUCGCUGCCAGCGGCGCGGGGAGCCCAAGGGACCGGCGUCCUCGGGGCCGCCACCUCUGUCCCCUCCCUGGCGGGGGCCGGGAUCGGGUCUCGGGAGCUCCGGUUCCCGCUCAGGUGGAUUGAAGUGAGUCUUUCAGCUGGGACAACUUGCUAGAUCUUUUUGUAAUGGUUUCUCCUGGUUUUUAGGGGAAAAAAAAAAAAAAGACGACCCACAAAUCUCGACUUGUAUCUCUGAAUAAAAGUAUUAAAUGUUUUCUUCUUUCUAA